AUGGCUCCUCACCCAUACGACCAAAUCAGCGACGAAGAGCUUAGAUUGAUUGUCAAGCUCGUCAAGGAUGCUUACCCAUCCGAGAAGCCUAGCUUCAUCCAGCUCGACCGUCUCGACCCUCCAAAGAACGUCAUGCUUCAGUACCUCAGUGCUGAAAAGCAAGGUGUUUCACCUCCUAUGAUUCCAAGAAGAGCUUACGCAUACUUCUACAUCAACCAGGUCUUCCACAAGGCCUUGGUUAACUUGACCUACAAGCACAUUAUUUGUGACGUCAAGUUGCCAGAAGGUGUUGUUGGUCCAUUGGUUGCUGACGAUGUUAUAGUCGUCGAAGACUUGGCCACCAACCAUCCAAUCUGCAGAGCCGAAAUCGAAAAAUUGUGUUUGCCAGACAACAUCCACGUUGUGUGUGAUCCAUGGAUUUACGGUACUGAUGACCCUAACGAAAAGAGAUUGUUGAUUCAAUGUUACAUGUAUCUUGCUAACAAGAACCAUCCAGAAUCCAACCACUACUCUCUGCCAUUGAAGUACUCCCCAGUUUUCGACGGUUUGACUAAGGAAUUCGUUAGAAUGGACUACUUGCCAUCCGGUGCAGACGAAGCUGUGAUCAACGAAACCACUGCUUGGGACGAGUACCCAUUGGUCGAAUACCACCCAGACUUGAACGGUUGCACCAAGUUGAGAGAUGUCAAGCCAUUGAUUGUUUCUCAACCAGAAGGUGUUUCCUUUACUGUGGACAACCACAAGAUUGAAUGGCAAGACUGGACCUUCUAUGUUGUUCCAAACUCCAGAGAAGGUGCUGUCAUCUACGACAUUCACUUCAAGGGUAGAUCUGUCAUCUACAGAUUGUCCUUGUCCGAAAUGACUGUUCCAUACGGUGACCCAAGAGGUCCAUUCCACAGAAAGCAGGCUUUUGAUUUGGGAGACUGUGGUUUCGGUGUGAACGGUAACACUUUGGGCUUGGGUUGUGAAUGUUUGGGUGUCAUCAAGUAUUUCGACAACAGAAGAGUUUCCACUGCUGGUGAUGUUGAGAUCAUCCCAAACACUGUCUGUAUGCACGAACAAGAUGCUGGUAUCUUGUACAAGCACGUCAACUACAGAACUGGUCACUCGGUUGUUGCUAGAAGAAGAGAAUUUGUUGUUCAAAUUAUUGCAACUGUUGCAAACUAUGAAUAUGCUGUUCAAUACAUCUUCGACCAGGUUGGAGAAAUUAAGAUUUCAGUCAGAGCCACUGGUAUCCUCUCCACCAUGCCUAUCGACAGAGAUGUCGACGUCGACUAUGGUACUUUAGUUGGUCCAAGAGUCAUGGCUGCUUUCCAUCAACACUUGUUGUCCUUCAGAAUUGACCCAGCUAUAGAUGGUCACAAAAAUACUGUUGUCUACGACGAUAUUUUAAGAAUGGAAGAAAACACACCACUCAACCCAUACAAUGUCGGUUUCUACUCCAAGAGAUCUUAUGUUGAAAAGGCAGGCCAUAUCGACCAAUCUCCAUUCACUAACAGGGCUUACAAGAUCAUCAAUGAAAACGUCAUCAACCCAACUUCUAAGAAGCCUGUUGGUUACAAGAUUGUCAUGCCAGCUAGACAAAUGAUCAUGGCAUCGCCUGAGUCUUACAACACCAAGAGAGCUAAGUUCGCUACGGAGCAAAUCUGGGUUACCAAGUACGAAGAAGACAGACUCUAUGCAGCUGGUGAAUUCACUAACCAAUCUCAAAAAGACACUGGUAUUGCUGAAUGGGCCAACGGGGUUGACAAUGUUAGAGACACCGACAACAUUGUCUGGUGUACCUUAGGUUUCACACACGUGCCAAAACCAGAAGAUUUCCCUGUCAUGCCUGUAGAGAUGCACGAAAUCGGUAUCACUCCAUUUAGUUUCUUCGAAAAGAACCCAGCUUUGGACUUACCUCAAGCAACUAACAAGUUCAACAAGUCUGUUCUCUUUGAAGAAAACGAAAGAUCCAAGCGCAGCUCCACCUCUUCCACUUGUUGUAAGAAGGCUUCGUUAUGA